GUGUUUUUUUUCUAUUCACUGAAGCAUUUUCCCACAGCUCGUCUUCUUCGGUGGUUGCGAUUUGCCCAACGCAUCGAUCGCCCCUUACUUCCUUCCAGAGUGCUUCCGAGGAACAUCAUUCGGCCGAGCAGUGCAGCAGCCAGCGAAGUUCCAUCCUCCAUCCGGGAGUAGCACCAUAAUAUGACAGACAGUGCUCCGUCGGCCACUGUUGAAUGUUUGGAUAAUUCGCUGGAUGCUGUUGGCCAGAUCGAAGAGCGGGACGUAACGACAGCAGCACCGAUCAUUGAGCUUAACCUACUGAAGCCGAGAGCUUGCGAGCAGAUUACGACGGACUGCAGUUCCCAACCGCAGCAGCACCAACAAGUGGUUGAAAUGACGCAAACUAAGGUGGCUAAAAAGAGGGAGCUCCCGGAGCGCGGCUCGUGGGGCUCGAAGCUGGACUUUAUACUAUCCGUCGUCGGCCUGGCCAUCGGGUUGGGCAAUGUGUGGCGCUUCCCUUACCUCUGCUACAAGAACGGUGGCGGAGCCUUCCUGAUACCGUACUUCGUGACGCUGUUCCUGGCGGGCAUUCCGAUGUUCUUCAUGGAGCUCGCCCUCGGACAGAUGUUGACCAUCGGUGGACUGGGUGUUUUCAAGAUUGCUCCCAUCUUCAAAGGUAUUGGUUAUGCGGCAGCCGUGAUGUCCUGUUGGAUGAACGUGUACUACAUUGUCAUUCUUGCGUGGGCAAUCUUCUAUUUCUUCAUGUCCCUGCGAUCAGAUGUCCCCUGGCGUUCGUGCGAUAAUGCGUGGAAUUCGGUAAACUGCGUGAAUCCCUACGAUCGAAAGGAUCUGCUUUGCUGGGAAUCGAUUGGCAUCAACAGUACAGUUACUAAGAUCUGUUCGCUCAACUCCAACAACGUAUCGAUGAGCGAUAUGAGUGACCCCGUUAAGGAAUUCUGGGAACGCCGUACUUUGAUGAUCUCGAGCGGUAUCGAUGAGGUUGGAUCCAUCCGUUGGGAAUUGGCCGGGACUCUGCUGUUGGUUUGGAUCCUGUGUUAUUUCUGCAUCUGGAAGGGUGUAAAAUGGACCGGUAAGGUUGUGUACUUCACUGCCCUGUUCCCGUACUUCCUGCUGACGAUUCUGCUGAUCCGUGGUAUUACCCUGCCAGGAGCAUUCGAGGGCAUUAAGUUCUACGUCAGCCCCAACUUGUCGAAGCUGUCGGAAUCUGAGGUGUGGAUCGAUGCUGUGACUCAGAUCUUCUUCUCGUACGGUCUCGGUUUGGGAACGCUGGUGGCCCUUGGAAGCUACAACAAAUUCAACAACAAUGUCUACAAAGAUGCCUUGAUUGUGUGUACCGUUAACUCGAGUACCAGUAUGUUCGCCGGCUUUGUCAUUUUCUCAGUUGUCGGUUUCAUGGCUCACGAACAGCAACGCCCAGUAGCAGAAGUAGCAGCAUCCGGUCCCGGUUUGGCAUUCUUGGCAUAUCCUUCAGCGGUGUUACAGCUUCCGGGUGCCCCACUGUGGUCUUGUUUGUUCUUCUUCAUGUUGCUACUCAUUGGGUUGGACUCGCAGUUCUGUACCAUGGAAGGAUUCAUCACCGCCGUUAUCGAUGAGUGGCCACAUCUGCUCAGAAAACGCAAGGAGCUGUUCAUUGCCGUAGUGUGCGCAAUCAGUUAUUUGGUUGGAUUGACCUGUAUCACGGAGGGCGGUAUGUAUGUGUUCCAAAUCCUGGAUUCGUACGCGGUUAGCGGUUUCUGUCUGCUGUUCCUGAUGUUCUUCGAGUGCAUCUCCAUCUCGUGGGCUUUCGGUGUGGAUCGUUUCUACGAUGGCAUCAAGGACAUGAUCGGAUACUACCCGUUGGCCUGGUGGAAGUUCUGCUGGGUCAUUACCACUCCGGCGAUCUGCGUUGUAAGUAUUGUCCCGCGAUGAACGGAAGGAACAGGUAAUUUGUUUGCAAAACUGACUGGCUUAGGUGUGGAGGGAUGAUCGAGGAUCGAGUGAGCGUAGUUUCAGGCAUCGAGGGUGACUGACGUUCGGAAAGGUCAUCGAGGGAGCACAAGGAGCUUGCAGAAAUGGUAACUUUGAAACAGAUUUCUCGUGUUUAUCUUUUCUUUUAAGUGGAGCUACUGGAGUGAAUCUCGGCAGAUUGGCACACAACUGAUCAUAACGGGGAGCUUGGAUAUAACCUGAAUUUUUGAUACUUCUCAUAUCAUGUACUUACUAAAAUCUGAUUUGGAAUAAACUGUGCACUUAUUUUACUUGCGGCGUUACUUGCGA